AUGGAAAUUACUGGUAUAAAAAUGAAGACCUUCGACUCCGAAUGGUCGUCUUUCCAAUCUCAGUACAGAAUGGAGAUGAAUUCUAUCCAGGACAGCGUGAACUCCACUAGAGAGGAUUAUAAAGGUCUAACAGCUCUUAGUGAAGCCAACAGCGCAUCCUGUCAGUCCAGUGUAACAGCCGUCAAUACGUCUCUGAACCAAUUCACGGAACGAUUUUCUUCAGUUAACGACACUAUUGCAAAAGUUCAACAAGAUUUAACCAUAUCCAAAGCUCUACUAGAAAGUUCAAAAUUCCAAAUCCACAACGUCACAACCGCCGUUGAGGAACUUCAAACUCAAAUGAACACCACAGGACGGCCAUCCAAUAGCCGUCUGUCGUCUUUGGUCCAAUCCAUUAGUACUCACAACAUUCAGAUAAGGAACAUUUCAUCCAUCGUGACGUCACACAGCACCAGGAUAACCUCCCUCCAGAGCAACCUAAAUGUUGCUGUUGCUGUCAACAACGCUCAAAAUGCUACCAUUUCACGAAUACACAGGACCGCAAUUUCACUCGGUGUUAGAUUGGUUGGUGGAUCCACUUCGAGAGAAGGGCGUGUAGAGAUUCUCAAUUCUGGAGCAUGGGGAACAGUGUGUGAUGAUAACUGGGACAGUGCGGACGCCAAAGUUGUGUGUAGGAUGCUGGGGUAUACGGGGUCCUAUACCGCUUUUGGGAGUGCUCACUAUGGACUAGGCUCGGGUCAGAUCUGGCUGGAUGACGUAGCUUGUUCGGGAUCAGAGACUUCAAUUCUCUUAUGCUCCAGCAGGAGCCUUGGAUCUCAUGACUGUGGACACAGUGAAGACGCUUCUGUUAAAUGCACAUAGAAUAUCAUAGAAUGAAGUCAGAUUUACUGGGUUUUAAUAUCGCGAUUCACGUAUACGUAUAUAGUGUAAUCAAGUUGUAUAUAUUUUCAAGCCUAUUAAUCUUGCUUGAUAACAGAUAUAGGCGGCAGGUGUGACCGAUAAGCAGGGGAUGUUACUCCUCCUAGGCACCUUAUCCCACCUCUGGUAUGUCCAGGGGUGCGUGUUUGCUCUUCCCUUAAUCAUAUAUUUUUAUAGAAUUAUGAGACUGAUCAUUGUUCGUUACCUUCGCUUUUACAUUCAUUACACCUGCUAUUUUGAUAUAUGAUAUUAUAUUCUGUAAUAUAUUGACAAUAUCUUCGGUGAUCAUGUCUUCCGACAGUCUGUUAGAAUUGCCAUGGGCACGAAUUGUGCUCCUUUGUUAGCUAAACUGUUUUUAUAUUUUUACGAGGCAGAAGUUUUUCAAAAGAUUCUACAUGAGAAGAAAAUAUAUCUUGCUGUGGCCUUCAACUCGAUAUUCAGAUAUAUCGAAGACGUUUAUUAACAAUAAUUAUUUUCAUAGAUAUGUCAAUUCAAUAUAUCCCAGUGAAUUCAAAAUAAAAGACACCACAUAGUCUUC